GGCGGAGCCUCCGAGCGCGGCCUCGGCCCUCGGAGGGGGUUUCCCGCCAUGGCGCGCCCCUGGCCACGCCCCCUCCACAACUACCGGGUCCCUGUGCCCGGCGCCAUGGGAGCCGCGGGGAGCGUGGGGCUCUGCCUGGUGCUGAGCGCGCUGCGCCCCACAACCUGCGGGGCGCUCUUCCCCUGCCCUGACUGCCCCCUAGCGAACUGCCUGAACGACACCCACUGCGGCUGCGCCCCCGGGCACCGACCCCCCCCCCUGGCCCCGCAAUGGAAGCGUCCUGGAGAGCUGCGAUGACAUCAAUGAGUGCCUGGAGCUGCCCCCCCCGUGCGGCCCCCACCAGAGCUGCAGGAACAGUGUGGGGGGGUUCAGCUGCAGGUGUGACCUCGGGUACCGCCCUGCGCCCCCCCCCCACCGGAGCCCCCCCCAUGGAGCAUCCCCCAUUGCACUGCAUUGACAUGGAUGAGUGCAUGGAGGGGGGGUCCAAGCUCUGUGGGGGGGGCUCCAUCUGCAUCAACACCCCCGGGAGCUUCGAGUGCCUCUGCCCCCCCGGAUACAGCGGGGACCCCCCCGGGCCCUGCUGGCCCGUGACCGUGCCCCCAGAGCUCUGCGAUGACAAGCGCUCCUGUGCCCUGACCGAGGCCCUGACCCUCCUCCAUGGGCGGCUGCGGGAGGGGGGCGACCCCCACCUCAUCCUGCAGGACCUGGUCUCUGCUCUGGACGCGGCUCUGGGGGGGGGCUCCCCUCCCCCUCCCCCCCCCCCGCCCCCGGGCUCGUGCGGGGGGUGGGGCCACGGCUGCCCCCCCCCCUCCCCCCCCUCCAACGGCUCCGGGGUCACGGCCAGUGUCAGCUCCGGGAGCACCGAGCUCCUCCUCUCCCUGCACCGGGACCCCCCCCCCGGCCCCGUCCGCAUGGAGCUGCCCACAGUGACCCUGAGCGUGCCCGGGGAGGUGGCCUGGGACCGGAACAGCGGGCUGGCACUGGUGGCGCUGCUGGUGCAGGGGGGGGUGGGGGUGGCGCUGGGGGGGGCUCCCCUCGAGGGGGAGGGGGCGGCGCUGCCCCCCCCCCGCCUCCUGACCCCCGUGGUCACUGCACUUGUGGGGCAGCCCCGCCCCCCCCCGACCCCCGAGGUCACGCUCAGCUUCCAGUACCGCCCCCCGCCGCCGCGGGUGCCGGGAGCUGGAGCCCCCCCCCCGGAGCCCCCCCCGGCAGAGUCACGUGUGCCUGCAGUCACCUGA